GCUUCUUCCACGGCUUCUACGCACUAUCGCCAUCGGCGAUUUUCGGCCGGCGCUCUAUAGUUUCUAUUUUGGUGAAAUGUCUUGGCACGAGAAGCAUGUUCCCGCGUCGCGAUUGCCUCGCGCAACCGUUGCUUCCCACGAUGUAUAAGUAUGGACUGCUCCUGUGGCUCUCGCAAGCUCAAUCGACUCCUGCUAGUCUCAACAUCAGACAUUGUACACUGUAGUCACUUGCUCAGAUCAAGCUCUCUGCAAUCUUCAUCAGUUCCACGUUAAAUUCAUCACUCUUAAACGCCUCUCAAACGCCAUGUCUACCAACAGCCUUUGGUUUAUUGUUGGGGCUACCAGCGGCUUCGGUCUCGAGAUUGCCACUCAGGCUCUUGCUCGAGGUGACCAGGUCGCCGCGACCUCCCGCAAGGCUACGUCCUCGGACAAGCUCAGGGCCCUCGAGGCCCAAGGUGCACUGCUGCUCGAUCUUGACGCCACAAGCCCUGACCAGGUUCUCAAGGACGCCAUCACAAAGACAACACAGCACUUUGGCCGUACCAUUACCUAUUUCAUCAACGCUGUCGGCUACAUCCUCGAGGGUGCCGCCGAGGAGAUCAGUGCGGAGGAGGGUCUAAGGAGCAUCACAACCAAUGUCCUCGCUGUCAUGAACCUCAGCCGCAUCGAGACCGAGUACCUGCGCUCGUCCAGACCCAAGUCGGAUAGUGGCAGCCCACCACACCUCGGAGGCAUUGCCAACUUUGGGAGCGUGGGCAGCUGGCACGGUGGUCCCGCGUACAGCCACUACGCCGCGGCCAAGUGGGCAGUCUCAGGCUUUACCGAGUCGCUGUUUUCCGAGCUGGAGUCCUUCGGUAUCCACGCAAUCGUGGUCGAGCCUGGCUACUUCCGCACCGGCUUUCUCAACCCUGGCGGUGGCAACCGGUUGUUUGCCGCGAAGCAGCUUGAUAAUGAGUACAAAGGCACAGCUGUCGAGACUGUCAAGCAAGCUCUCACCAGCGUGGACAACAACCAACCUGGUGAUGUUGUCAAGGGCUGCAAGGUCAUCAUUGAUGUCCUCACAGGCACCGGUGCCGCGGAGGGUAAGAAGAGGGGCAUGCGGCUGAUCCUGGGCAAGGACUGCGUGAAGGCCGUAAGAGAAAAGAUGGCCCGGACGGAGAAGUAUAUCCAGGAGUGGGAAGACGUGAUCACCAAGACGGAUCACGAUGAUGUUAGUGCUUGAGCAACGAACCACUGGGCGAGGCUCGGACAAGGGCCGAACAUGUUAGAUGGAGCAUUGGGACAGCGAAUGUUUAGCAAAUGC